AUGUCGCGACACGUGGAAACUCCGCGCGGCAUCGCCGUUAUGUUGCUACGAUGGCUUUGCUGGACUUUAUGGCUGCAAGUCUUGCUGCAUGAACAAGUCAGGGGAGCGCGGAACGAGCCCUCAAAGCUCCAAAUUUCAGCACAGCCAUCUCAGCUACGUGGCGAGAAAAGCGAUACUUUGGGGCUGGACGAUUCCAGCUACGCCGCCGACAACGAUUACCCUCUGACAACCAAAGAGCUGUCAAAGCGGCAAAACCGUGGAUCAACCACCGGGCCAACGUCCGAUGUUGUCGUCAAACCUAUCGGCCAGCCAACAGUUUACGACGCUGCGGACUACGCCGCUCAGCCCUUGCUGGAUCGCCUCCCAGGAACAGGCGCCUUUGCUGAAUCUGUGACACGAUAUGGCUCUGUACGAAAUCCCACGGCUGAAGAUGCCAUUGGCAAUUCCGGCGGGCGAAUCGAUACCGAACCCCGGCUUGCAGGACCCUCAGUUUCUGAGACAUCGACAAAAUUUUACAAAUCUGCUUCUGCCAGCAUUAGCAGUAGCAAUAGCGCCAGCGUGCAGCAGCGAAAAAGACAUGCCGGCAAUGGCCACCACAGGCACUUGCAAACUGGAGCCAGGUCCUUGGUUGCCAGAACGGCCCAAUGGCAGCAGCUUCAUCCCCGCCGCCGUCUCGGCACGAACGACUAUUCUUACUGCCUAACUGCGUCAGCCGGGGCGGAGUGCUACCCCUGCCAGUCGGGAUAUGAUGAUCCCUGCCUGACCGACGACGCCUUUUAUCAAGACGAUACGAAAUGCUCCAUGCCAUACUACUUCUUCGGCAACGUGGACGACGAGAGCAUUUGUGGAGACGAGAUGCAGCUGGAGACGACCAUCAGCUACGGGGGAGGAAGCAGCGUAGUUUACGGCAUUGGGCAAAUGCUUGUGUUCAUGCAGAUCAACGGCUUGCUAACCUUGACGGUUAUGCUCAACUGCCCGUGGUUGGCGGUUGUUAACCCCGAACGGCGAGGUGCGGCAAUGCAACUAACUCUGACGUCACCCAACGGCACGCGGUGGACACGAUGGAUCAACAGUACGGCAACAGGUUCUUCCUUCGUCAGCUGCGCGACCUUUUCCGUACAGGUCAAAGAGUUGGAUCCAAAUAUUCCAGGGGAUAAUGCUUGCGAUCCGCUGUCGUACACUGCAACGGUGGCCUUCCUCACCGAGACCUAUCAGGCGGACCCUUCGGACGACAACAAACCCGCUACUUGCAGUAUCAACGAUCCGGCUACUGCCAGCACGGGGGUGUUCUACAGCCUGACGUACUCGCCUAUUCAGUUCCGGCCGCCGUCGCCGCCGCCAUUCCAUCCGCCGGAGCCGCCGCCGCCGCCGAGAUCGCCGCAGCCGUACAUUCCUGAUGUGCCCCGCGAACCGCCGGAGCCACCGCCGGGGCCGCCUGAAGCGCCGCCGCCGAGUCCCGCUCCGCCGUCGCCACUACCACCGCUGCCACCCUCGCCCUCGCCGUCACCCUUUCCGCCAUUCCCACCGGAUCUCCCCAGCCAGCCGCCGCCGAGACGGCCAUGGCCUCCGCCAAGGCCGCCAAGGCCGCCGCCAAAGCCCCCGAGCCCCCCAGGCCAAGUCCCUUCUGCACCGCCACCGCCGCCGCCACCGCCGCCACCGCCGCCCGACAACCCGCCGUCGCCGCCGCCGAGACCGCCGGCCCCACCUCCGUCGCCGCCACAACCACCGUCACCGCCGUCGCCACCACCGUCGCCGCCAAGCCCUCCAGCACCACCGACGACGCCGCCAGCGCCCCCGCCGCCGCCGCCAGCACCCCCGAUGCCGCCAGCGCCGCCGCCGCAGCCGCGGCCGUCGCCACCGCCGCCGCCACAACCUGGAUGCCUUCGAGUAUCGUCACGUAGCGGCAGUAAGAUGUACAGCGAUGGUGGGCUGAUCGAGUACGGCAAUCUCACACUAACGAAGUACGAUUCCCGUGCAAUACGUCUGGACAUCUCCAUCUCCACUUACUUUGCACCUGGCAGUAGCGCUAUCGCGCUGGACAUCCUGCUACAGCCGGUUGGUACGGCAGCGCCGACAGGAUGUCCCGCGCCCUCCGAUUUGGGACUGCCCGGUGGUGGCGGCUUCCGUACGAGUGCUGACUGUACAAACCGUACGGCACAGAUAUUGGUGGACGUGUCGGCGCUGAUGCCGUGUUAUGUCGGUAACGGCGCAUCGUCAGAGAGCUUCAUCAUGUGGUUGGCGGUUGACAGUACCCCUGCGGUAAGGGAGGUGCUGCACGCCGACUCACCGUACGCUAGUUGUGACGCCGGAGUGCAGCUCUCCCUAAUAAAUGCACUUGCUGAGAUGCUAAACUUUCCAGCGGGGAACAUCAGUACGGUAUGUACGGUCGAGGGCAGCGGCGCGACGCAGCGCCGCCGCCGCCUGAGCCAAAGCCCGGCCUCCAGCGAGAGUAGCAACAGUAACAGCACGGCCUCAGCCUGCUCAGGAACGACUGUACGGAGCGACAUCACCUUCAAGCUCACAUCUCCCCCUAACCCUCCCUCCCUCUCUCCCGUCCUCCCCCCUGCAAUGCCGCAAUCCCCGCAACCUCAUUUGACAAAUAUCGAAACCCGGGGCAAAACCCGGCAGUUGGAUCCCGCAGUCUCCCUGGAGGUUUUCCGUACAUCCGUAUAUCACGCACUAUCUGACGGCGGGCUAACAGGCGUGUGCCCCCUGGGCCUGCUGCUGGGUACCUGGGCGGUAACUGGCACCACGGUUCGCGCCAUCACUGCCGCCAGCGGCACCUACACGGACUGCCGUACACUCAGCACCGCCGUCGUGACAGCCGUCCAGACCGCCGGCACUACCGCCGCCGUCACUGGCUGUACGACUGCGCAGUACUACGGCAAUCUGCUCGUUCCAGUGGAGCCGGCCGCCGUAGCCCCCGUCAGCCCAAAACGCAAAGACGGUGGCGGUGGGCCGCCCAUAUUUGUCAUAAUUGGUGCGGUGGGCGGUGUUUUGGCGCUGGCGGCGAUUGCGGCGGCGGCUGUUUGGCUCUACAGGAGAAACAAGCACAUGUUGGGCUUUACGGUGGAGUCAGGGGCAGUACCGGGAUCAGCGGAUGAGGCCGCCGCCGCCGCCGCCGCCACCGGCGCCGCCGCGGUAGGCGGUACGGAAGGCGCGCAGCUUUGGGCCCACGCCGCGGCCUCUCUGCGCGAACCCAAGGGCAUACCCCCAGAUGGAAAAUGUGAUCCCGAUGACGUGGCCGGCGGAAUGUCGUCGUCGUCUGUAUCCGGCCCGGGGGCAUUCGGCAGCGAUACGGAUCCGGACGUCGUGGUUGCUGCUGGCGCCGCCGCCGCCAGCGCCGCCGCCGCCGCCGGCGGCGCUGCUCCACACCCAUCUGGCCCAGCUCGUACAAGAACGGCUUCCGUCAUCGGGGCUGCGGGACCAGAGCCGAGUGGCGAUUCCAUCGCCACACUCACGCUCCCAACUGACGGCGGUGACGCGGCGGCUGGCGCCGCCGCCGCCGCCGCGCUGGCGGCCAUGGCCGCGCACCCACCCGCCAAACAGCUGCCGCCGCUGAAACCCAUCCGUACGGCACUGGCGAAUCUUCCGGAGUUGGAUCCGGAAAUCGCGCGCAUCAAAUCCUUUACGGCUAAACCGUUGGGGGAGGAGGCGCUCGACCCUGCAGCUGCUGCAGCCGCCGCCGCCGCUGCCGGCGGCCGCAGCAGUGCUUCGGGCUUGUUUGUACGAACGGGCUCCCGGGAGAGCGGUGGAGCCGCUGCAGUGGCGGCGGCGGCGGAGUCUGCCGCUGCCACCGGCAGCGGCGGCACCCGCCGGGGCGCCAGCUGGGAUGGCGCUGGCGCCGGCGCCGCCGCCGCCGGGCCCAAAGGCAUCUUCACUCGCAUUUUCGGCGGCUUUGGCGGCGCCGGUAAGGCUGUUGAUGGGCACCCGCCGCAGACGAUACACGAGCUGCCAACCCUGGAGCAAUUGGACGCGGAGGCCGCCGCGGCGGCGGCGGCAGCGGCGGCGGCUGCCGCCGCCGCUGGCGGCGGUGUUACCGGACGGCGAGGCAAUCGCUUUAGCGGCAGCAACGUGUCUCAUUCUGGAUCUGGAUCCGGAUCUGUCGGCGUUACGUUUUCCGCGACCCAGAUCGGCAUUGCGAUAAGUCCCGCGCAAAGUGCUGACGGCGCAACGAAGGGGAUGUACGGCCCGCGAACUGGCGCGCUGCUGCCCGAAGGCAGCGGCUUGGACGUCAGCACUGCUGCCGCCACGGCGGCGGCGGCGGCAGCCGCGGCGGCUGCCGCGCCGGCUAUGGUUGCUGGCGGCGGUGGAGGUAAAACGAGCAGCCUCCCGCCACUGGUUAUGAAGCCGAAUGCCGCGUAUACGAUGCCUAGGGAUUCGAAUGGGAUUGAUGUCGAAGCUGACGGCGACGCGGCGGCGGCGGCGGGCAUGGGCACCAACGGUCCUAACGGUCACCGUACAGUGCGGUUCAAUCGCCCAGGCGAUCAUGCCAACGGCGGCUUGGACGAGGACGAUGCGGCGGGUGCCAAGCUUGCAGGCAGCGGCGGUGGUGGGCACGGUGUACGGCACUUCCAGCGGCCAGACGGCAAGGAAACGUACGGCAUGGAUACCGCCAGUCAGGAUGCGCCGCCAGUGGAGGGCGAAACGUCGCAGCGGGCUGGACUUCCGUCGCACCUCCGCGACUUCCAAAGGCCCGGCAUGGCAGUGCACGACGGCCUCCUGGAUCCGGAGGCGGCGGCGGCGGCGGCUGAAACACCGGAAGAUCAAAUUUGCGGACAAUGUACGGCGGGCUGUGUGGGCCCCGGCGGCGAACCCGCGGAGGAGGAGGGAGAGGAGCGUCGUUCGGGUGGUCGGGGGAGCGCCCAGGCACCCCCGGGCGGCAGCAAUGGUGGUGGCGGGCGCAGUGUACGACACUUCAAGUUCGCUCAGGAUAUGAGAUCCAGAUCCAUGCCACGGGACGAGCUGGAGGAGGAUGUGCUAGGAGGGGAGGAGGGGGGGAACGGCGAUGGGCCUCCGGAAGGAGCCACCGAAGAGGAGCGGCGCCUCUACGCCAUGCGCCGCGCGUCCGGGGGCCCUAUGUACGGCGACGAGAAGAUCGCCCCUGUGGAUCAGAUUCAGCUGCAGCGCGAGAUGCGGCGUAGGGCCCUCCUGGAGCAAAUGAAGAACAGCGCCUGGGCGGACACCUCCCAGCAGUGA